AUCACAUUUGUCAAACGAUUUUAAAGUCAUCAGAGUAACUUGUACACGUUCCUAAUAAUUUGAUUUCAAUGUACGAUUUUAUAAUUUGAGAUAUCCACCACUUUCCGGAAGAGAACAUCUAUCUCUAUUUCAGUUUACAAUAUGUUCUCCACGUUAAAGCCUAAAAGUUCUUCAAAUCAAAUCUAGAUUACUAUUUAUGUUAUUCUGGCUGCAUCUUCGGCAAUGGCAAAUUCUGAGAGUGAAGACUUUGAAAGUGCAGAUGAAGGAAUCGUUUCAAAGUCUCAAGAAGGAUCAUCACAAUUGUCCACUUCUGCUGCAAGUUCAGCUUCAUUGAUAGGUCAUGCUGAUUCUGAAACUGCAUCAACAGCAAGUAGCAAGAAGGAAACCUUAGACCAAUCCCAUGGGGAUUUUGUACCUUUAGCACCUGUGAAUCCUGAAUCACUUGGAGCCAAACCAAAAAUGCCAUUAACAGGCAGGGGUAAAUCAUAUUCUAAACAUAGGAGCAACAUUAAUAAUGCCGACACUUCUGAUUCGGUAGUUCCUAGCAGUAAUGACCCUAUCAAUCAGGCUCCAAGCCGGAAGGGAAGAUCUGGGUCGAAUAAGCUGGGUGUAAAGAUAUCGCCGUCAGCUGUCGUAAAAAGUGAACUUGGCCCUCCUGACAGCAACAAAUGUAAAGGAAAUACUGAUUCGCCAUGGAGCAAUAAUCUCUCAAACCUCAAUGCAAAUGAAGAAAAUCAAGAUGUACAUGAUUCUUUUCAACCACUUCUCGACAAACUAGCAUCUUUGGAUUGUGUUGAAGCAUCAGAUGAGGUGAUAGAUACUACAACAGACAAGGCCGUGUCCAACUGGGGCUCAUGGGGGAGUUGGGGUAUGAACACAAUUUUAUCUGGAGCAUCGUCCGUGUCUAGUCACGUCACUCAAAGUCUCUCGACUAUGUCAUCAGUAAUUGAGUCAGGCCUUGGUGCAGUAGAACCUGAAGAAAUGGCAAAACUCUCUGUUGAAGAGGCUAAACCAAGGCCACCCAAACCCAUAGACACUGCUCAGGGCAACCCAGCUUUCUCAGAUCAGGCAUCUUCAAGUUUCAAUGUCAUGGGGAAUGUACUCAAAUUUGUUGAAUCGACUGGAGAAAUGAUAGUUUCAAGUGGACUGAAUACAUUAGAGACUAUAGGAAAGAAAACAAUGGAUGUAUUGCAAGAAGGAGAUCCUGGGUUGAAGAGGAAGCGAGCUUUGUUUUCAAGGGAACCUGAUAAACCAACACUCUCUCAGAUAUUGAAAGAGGCUCGUAAUCGAGGUGAACUAGAAGACAGAGAAAGAGCUCAGGCCAAGAAAGCAACCCGAGCUCAUUUUGAGACUCUUUUUGAUGAUUACAAAGGAAUGAUCCAUUUGGAGGCCCUUGAAAUGCUUUCUAAUACAUGCCAAUUGAAACUAGAAGCAAAGCUUGUUGCCCUCUCUGGCACCCCUCUUGUUGAAUUUCAAAGAAAAUUAAUACAAAUUAAAGAGAAGUGUGAUAUACCAGAUGAUGAUGAGGAUGAGGAGGAGGACCGUGGUACCAUUGAUAUUCUCGAAAGGGAUUUAACAGCUGCAAUGCGAGGUCUUCUUGUGCCUGUCUCACACACUAAGCUUAUUAGGGUCAGUGAAGAUACCGACACUUGGCUGGCAACCAUGAGAUGUAUUCAGGAUGAAGACUCACAAAAUGAUAAUGAUGAAUGGGUGGACGAAGAAGAGGUUUCAGAAGAAACUGAUCCUCAAAAUGCUUUACGUGAAAUCCAUCAGCAGGCAAUUCGAGCAUUAGCAAGAUUUACAGCAGCUGUUGCUGAGCAUUUUCAUAAGACUGCUGAGUUGCUGCUACUUAAAGAGGAACAUGAUAGCCUUCUUGAAUGCCAAAGUGUUGUAAUGAUGACAUCUGCACUUUGCUCAAGAGUCAGCUCUGUAGCAGCUCGCUUUUCAGAGUUGUUAAGUGCCUCUGCAAAUAUGCUAGAUUCAACACAAGUUGACCAUAAUGAUGUCAAUCUGCUUAUCACCAAUGUGUUUUUAGAGGCCUCCAACAGUAGCUCAUACAUCCAGGAUGCGAGUUUAUUGCUUAUACCUGUGCUCCAACUUGGCGCAGUUCAAUGAUACCAUGCAAACAUCACAUGCAUGGACAUGAUGCAUGUGAUUCCGAAGUAUGAAGACUUUAGUGAGCACUACCCUGUAUAUAAUAAGAUUCACUGCAAUGAAGUUAAAAAGUAUUUGAGAGAAAAAAAGGAUAAUAUUGUCUGUGUGUCUUUAAAUCAUGACCAAUUUGUUCCCUAAAAUGAGUUUUCAGAUCUCACAGGAUUUUCUUUCAGUAGCCUUAGCCUUUUCUAAUCUUAGUCUGUUGAGAGUACUCCUUUAGUUGUAUAGGUCUAGCAUUAAAGUACCUACCAUAUGAAUUCUAAUACUGCAAAAAUUAGUAGGCAAGUCUAUAUUUUGUAUCUAUCUACCUACUUAUCUUUCACAAUUAUAUUUUGGUACAAUAUUUAGAUGUUGAAAAAAAUUAAUACAUAUGAAAAUUACCUCUUGCAAAUAGCUGUUGUAGUCUGUUCCAGAAAGAAGGUACUUCACGAUUUUGAUCAUUCUGUUCUACUGAAAACUCUGUAUCAUGAGUCUAAUGUGUGCGUGUGUGCUGAAGUCAAAGCACCAAGAUUAAGUUGUUGUUCACUUCCUCUUCUGCUAGUUACUGUUAAGUUAGCCAACACAUCAGGUUAUCAAAUUUUUAUUCUGUGAUUUUUUUUUAAUGGUUGAACUGAAUGUGUAUUUGUAUGUUUAACUCUUUGGUCAAAGUAUGAUCAGAUUCAUGUGAGGAGUAGAUAUGUUUCGGAUAGCUUCAUUAAUGUGUUUUUGAUUCAGGUUAUUCUGAAUUUUAUUUUAUUUUUAAUUUUUUGUGUAUGAUCUGUUGUGUUUUUCAUUCCAUUUGUUGAAUCUAUUUGGAUCAUUACUUAUGAUAUUAUUAUCAUUUUAUGAAAUAUUUUAUUUUGUUGUUGUUGUAGGGGUGUAUAAUAAAAGUGAUAAACUUCA